ACCCAAUGCAUUUAUUUCAACGUAAUGUCAAGAGGCCUUCCGAUUGUAGCAGUACCUCUUUUGAGUUGGAUUGUUACAGUUUUGAUCGCCAUUGAUUCGGAGUCUUUGACAUGUCCCCCUGGGUUUUCCGGCUCAGAGGUUUUCAGAUGCUCCCGGGGAUUCGUGAAUGUGAGUGGAUGGUGCUUCUCUUUCCACAAAGAACCUACGUCCAUGUUAAAUUCCAGUGAUAUCUGUCAUCAGCAGGGAGCUCACAUGGUCGUUCUAGACUCUGAAGAGAAAGAAAAAGUACUCACAAAAUAUAUUGAAAAGAUGAAUUUUUUCAACAUAUAUCAAGAAAGAAAUGAGCUUUUUAAGAUUGCUCAGAAGGAAUGGGAUGUUGAGACUGAAAAGAAGAACUUUUGUGCAGAUUACAUUAAACACGGUGUAAAAAGUUCUAAAUAUAGACACAUUCCUAAUGCAAAGAUUCCUCUAGGUUCCCUUCCACAUCAGAGAGCUAACCUUACCACGCCACCUGGAUUCUCCAUAAAACUUUCGUCACUUCCGGGGGCGGGAAUGGGCGCAUGGGCAGAGACCUUCGUACCGAAGUUCACUAUCCUCGGGGUUUAUGAAGGACUUAUUCACACUGUAGACCGGAAAGAUGACUUUUACUCAUGGCAGGUAGAUAAACAGGGAACCGAUGGUACUUAUAACAUAGAUGCAGAAGACCCAUCCUGUAGUAACUGGUUACGAUUUGUGAACUCUCCCGCCAAAUAUCAACAAGAAAAUGUCAUCCCUAUAACGUGCGAGGGCAUCAUCUUCUAUAUGACGUCACGUGACGUAGAACCGGGUGAAGAGCUUCUGGUCUGGUAUGGGGACGGAUAUGGGAGGUUUUUAGGGGUAAACCGUAUACAUCCGGAAGUUGAUCUGAAUGGGUCUUUUGCAUUCCGUGCCAAUGUUUUGACAUUUGACAAUGAAAGACUAAUUUUUGAUAAUUGGACACCUGUGACGUAUCAGAACUGGAAUCCAAACGACGAGGGUGAGACGGCAGUUGAUCCUAUCUUUGGCCUCCUUUUGACUUAUCAUAACGACGGUAGGUGGCGCUGGGUGACAGAGAGGAAUUACACGUACUAUACAGGAGAAGACGGACUAAAACUUCCCUUUAUUUGUGAGGAUUCUCCGUUUUAUUUGGAGCCGGAAGAGUGUUCUAUUACGUAAUGUUUCAUUGUUUUAAAAUGAAAAUAAACUUUUGCCACCAUUA